CUUUCCAUUCUCUAUGGUUCAACAACGUUUUUGUCCGUUUCCAUACUUUCCAUGUUCUGUUUUCAUCGUUCGUUUUGUAACUAGUUGUCUUGCUCGCUGCUUUAUUUGCAAUUUUGCAGUUCUUUGUAGAUGUAACUAAUUUAUUAUGGUGAUGAACACGAUACGAUAAAUGUGAAUUGGUCGUUCUACUUCCAUUGUAGAAGACAAGGAGUAACGCUACAGGUUAUCGCAACAUAAGCUUUGUGCAUGGUGUGUCUUCUUGUUUCAAGACUUUGAUAACAUAAACAUGGAGGACGCAGUUUCUCAGGAAACAAUAACAGAGGAAAUAAAAUUUAAACCAAAAAAGAAAAAGAAUCUUCGUCAGCGUAUCAAAGAGGAUGAUGAUUCUGAGGACGAACAACACAUCUUGGCUAAAUUAGAAGAAACAAAGGUGUUACAGAAACUUCGAGAACGGCCCAAUGGUGUUAGUGUGAUUGCUUUGGCUACGGGUCAAAAGACAACGAUUGAGGAAGAAAUUACUUGUAAGGAUCCCUUUAAGGUCAAAUCUGGUGGUAUGGUGAAUAUGCAGGCAUUAAAGAGUGGUAAAGUUAAGCAAGUUGAUGAUGCAUAUGAUACUGGCAUCGGUACGCAGUUUUCUGCCGAAACUAACAAACGUGACGAAGACGAAGAAAUGAUGAAAUAUAUUGAAGAACAAUUGGCGAAACGUAAAGAAGGCCGUAACGAAGACGCUAAAGAAUCUGAACAAAAUGAUGCCCUGAAAUACUUAUCACCUGAAGAAGCUGCAUUAUUGUCUCUUCCUGAACAUCUGAGGGUUUCAUCAGCCCAUCGUUCUGAGGAGAUGCUGUCUAAUCAGAUGCUCAGUGGUAUUCCUGAAGUAGAUUUGGGUAUUGAUGCGAAAAUUAAAAAUAUUGAGGCUACAGAAGAGGCUAAAAUGAAACUGCUUUGGGAAAGGCAUAAUAAAAAAGAUUGUCCUUCACAGUUUGUGCCAACUAACAUGGCAGUGAAUUUUGUACAACAUAACCGGUUUAACAUGGAUAGUGAUAAUGCUAAAAAACGUAAAGUUGAAAAACCAGAAGUGGCCAAGACUGAAAGUAGUGUUAUAGAUGACAAUGUAGAUAAAAUAGUGAAGAAAGCUAAAGGUGAAAGAGCUACUGAUGAUUAUCAUUAUGAAAAGUUUAAAAAACAGUUUAGAAGAUACUAAACAAAUUGUUUUAUUUUUUA